AUGUUGGCAAAAAGCUUUGUUCUGUUUGUAGGGCUGUUUCAAUUGGCUUCGGCAGCUUAUUGGUAUAAGGCAAAUGAUGGAAAUGAGUAUUUCAUUGAAGCUUCGACCAAUUACAAUUGGCUUCAGGCAAUGGAUCAAUGCUCCAGACAAGGAUUACAGCUUGUCACAAUUGACCAUCCAUCAAAGAAUGCGGCUCUAACAACACUUUUGCGUUCAAUUUUUAAUAGUUCACCGGAUUUGUGGAUAGGUCACCAUGAUGAAUUCAAUACAAAGAGCGAUAAAUAUCGCUCUUGGUACACUCCUUAUACCGGUUCAUCGAUUUCCUUUAGCUACUGGGGCAAUCAUCAGCCAGACAAUACAAACGGCGGAGAACACUGUGCGCAUAUAUUUCGUAAGGCUGAUUUCAAAUGGAACGAUGGAAGAUGUGAGGCUAAGUUUGGUUUUAUAUGUGAGAGACCCCACCAGAGCCGUUGAAGCCAUUGAUCCAUUGGCUGCGGACACAUAAAUGAUAUAGCGAACAUGUACGUGAAACUAUGCCCAAAUUUUUGAAAA